GUGCGUCGUGAACCCGCUAUAUCUGGCAGUUACCUGGAUGUGCCCCACGUUAGCACCUGAACACAGAUCCCUAUUCCAAUGACGACUCUCGUCUGCAUCUCCCUUAUUCUCUUCUCGCUCACCGGCUACGUCUUCUCUCAGCAGAACUUUGGACGCACUGUCGCGUUCGUCGGUGAUAAAUGCGAGAGAGAUGUCGAUUGCAUUGAGAAUGCAUUUUGCCGAUGGCAAGAAACUUGCCAAUGCGAUCCAUUUUACUCACCGAGCCUCGACAAAUCAAAGUGUACUGCCACUGUUGGACUGAGAUGUAUGGAUAAUGUACAGUGUCAAAGUAUAGCAAACGGCCAAUGUAAACAGAAUACGUGCACAUGCAAAGAUGACUUCUUUUUGGACAACCGUAAUUCUUCAAACUGCAUUAGGCGACCCUCCAAAAUCGGUGAUCAUUGCCACGUAAAUACGAAUGAUAAUAUGUGCCAGGAAAGUUUCAAUUUUGCGUUGUGCAUCAACGAGAAGUGCGAAUGUUUCACAGGACAUCAUUUUGUAAACGAAACAAGAACCUGCGUGCAGAGUCGAGCUCUAUACUACACUUGUUCGUACCACUAUGAGUGCUACGAAAGUGACAGGUUUCCGGAUACCAUGGAGUGUAAGAAUGAUCAGUGCGUGUGUAAAGAGGGAGAACGAUGUUCUAAAGGUUCAUUAAUGACAGCCGCCGGGACACUUGUGAUAAUCUUGUUCUUCCUUUUUUCUAUAACGAAUUGCACGCUAGCGAAUUAAUACGUAUAGUAGGAUGUCCAAUUGUUUUGAUCAAUUUUAUAAUACCGUUUUAUAUUAAGACAAUUCA